GCGCUUUGAUAUCCGCCCGCCCACUCCCUUCGUUAGGACGUCACACAUCUCGCGAAAUCAAAGAAUAUCUCCGGCCGGAAAAUUUCCGAACUAUCGAUGGGUGUGACAUGUUCUGCUCGCCAUUAUACUCCGUGUCUCCGGACCGCCGGUUCUACGAAGCAAUGAAGCGAACACGGGAGCGUCGCUUUCUCUGCGCAAGGAAGCAACUUUCUGGGGGGCUAUUUACCGACUAUAAUGGGAACCCCCUGUGGAGACUGGGGGAACCAAAGCUGGUGGAGCAAUUCCUUAAUCUGACACUUGUAUGGAGAGCUGGGAAGGCGCCGGCAGGGUCUGAAAAGUUCAAUAGAGAUCUGCUCUUGGAAUGCGCAGGAAGGCUCGCUGCAUCUAUGCAAGCCAUCUUCGGCGAGGAAAUCAAACCUCACCUGUUCAUGCUUGCGCAGAAGCUAGGCAAGAAGCAAAAGUUAGCGUACAGCCGCAUGAGCAACAACUGCCAGGACUUUUGCAACGGACUUCUCGACUAUGACAGCUAUAUCCAUCCCAUGGUCAGCGCCAUGUACCCAUUCAUCCCAGUCGGGUUGUCCGCCGAUAUAGAGCAAGCUGCAGAUGAUCGCUCCCUGAGCUAUCUGCAAAGUUUUGUCAAGCCCCUGCAGUAUCCGAUCCAGGGAGGCCGCAGCAGACGAAUGAUGCUCGGCUCUGCAAUAACCAUGUACUCCAGCUCAGCCCAGAACGACGCAGAUCUCAUUGACCAUGUCUACAGUGUGCGGUUCGGAUAUGAUUCGGAAAACCACUUUUCUUUGGGAUUUACCCUUGGCCCUAAGCGGUCUUCAGGGGAUCCGUACCUCCUAAAAGACGAAGAAAUGAGCUGCUCCGAUAGAUUCGCUGCGUCGAAUUUACCCCUGUCCACUGAAGGGCUUGCAUCGUGUUCGCUGGCCGACCACCUGCUUGACUGCCCUCAGGAUAACCUGUCAAUCCUGCAGACCCAUCUCCUCCGCCAGAAGAAAUACUAUAUCGACGAGGACGGCGAGUUUCUUGUGAAUCUGGGGCCAAAGGCCUGGAUGAAAAACCGACUGGAGAUCCUCCGUCGACUGAGUUUGAUGAACGCCUUCCUCGCCGAGAUAGCGAAACACUUCCAGGCCUGCUGUUGGGAACUGCUCCCGCAAGUAGGCGUGGUAAAUGUCAAGACACUGAUGAAGACCUGGCGGCCGGCCAAUACCAUCUUCUCGCGCGCCUGGCACCUGGACAAACGGGACGGGAACAAGCUUUACUAUGCACCGGAUCUUGACUUUGGAGAUGGAGAGAUGAGCAACUACAAGGCCGUUGGGUUCUUCACGCUCGGGACGCCAUUGUUCGAGACGCAUAGACAGGUCCUCGAUGGGGAAAAUCUGUUCAUGACCCGGUUGAAGACCUUGAAGUCACUGCUUUCAUCGAGGCUAGCGGGCAAGGAUGAGGUCUGGUCACCCUGGGAGUGUUGUACCUGUCCAGAAUGCAACAUACAUCGACUGCAGUGCUUGAGGAUCAUAUUUGAUACGGACAAGGCAGAUUCCCAGCUGCUUCGAGAGCGCUUGGAAUAUUACAGGUUGGUAUUUGCGGGGAAGGAAUUGCCCGGGUAGGGAGGCCAGCCCUGGAUGCAAGUUCUGCGAGGCCGUAGUCGAUCUCUUAGCACAUUGCUGCUUGUAAAGUAAGUUGUCUGUCGCUGUCUAGAUAUGGAGCAGAGGUACAUCCCAGGUUUUUCUUUCUUUUGAUUUCUUGUGUCAAUUCCUCUCAAUCAAAGUUAUUUGACAUCAUACAAUGUUCGCGUAACGCAUAGCAAUGAGGGCCUCAGUGGGAAAUGUGUACGUACAAUGGAUGAAUGAUACACAA